GCGCAGGAGUUUUAAAUGUCCCGCUCUCGGCCGGGCGCAGGAGCAGCCGGCUCGGCCGCCCGCGCGGUGUAGGGGGCAGGCGCGGAUCCGCGCGCGCCUACCGCUUCCCGCCCGGCCGCCGGCGCGUGCCGCCUACCUGCCGCGCAGAGGCUUCGGCCCGAGGUCUGCCCCCGCGCCCCGCGCCAUGCCGAGGGAGAGGAGGGAGAGGGAUGCCCAGGAGCGGGACGGCAUGAAGGAGGACAGCAGCGCGGAUGUCUCUGUUCGCUCCAGGAAAAGAAAGGCAAAUGUGGCCGUGUUUUUGCAGGAUCCGGAUGAAGAAAUUGCCAAAAUGGACAAGACCGUGAGGAGCCAGUGCGGCCGUCAGUCGUGGGACAGUAACGCAGUCUGUGAAAACCCCUGCUCCUUGAUUCCCACACCGGACAAAGAAGAGGACGAGCUGGUGUACCCCAACUGUGGGCCUCAGAGCAUCGCACCGUCUCGAGCCUCGCCACUGCCUGUGCUGAACUGGGCAAACAGAGAGGAGGUUUGGAAAAUCAUGUUAAACAAGGAAAAGACGUACUUAAGGGAUAAGCACUUCCUGCAGCGGCACCCUCUUCUGCAGCCUAAAAUGCGAGCAGUUCUUCUGGACUGGUUAAUGGAGGUGUGUGAAGUCUAUAAGCUUCACAGAGAGACGUUUUACUUGGCACAGGAUUUCUUUGAUCGAUAUAUGGCAACACAACAAAAUGUUGUAAAAACACUUCUACAGCUUAUUGGGAUUUCAUCUUUAUUUAUUGCUGCCAAACUUGAGGAAAUCUAUCCUCCAAAGUUGCACCAGUUUGCUUAUGUUACGGACGGGGCCUGCUCAGGAGCCGAGAUUCUCACCAUGGAGCUGAUCAUUAUGAAGGCGCUCAAGUGGCGGCUGAGCCCCCUGACCAUCGUGUCCUGGCUGAACGUGUACAUGCAGGUCGCAUAUCUGAACGACUUGUACGAAGUGCUGCUCCCACAGUACCCCCAGCAGGUCUUCAUACAGAUCGCAGAGCUUUUAGAUCUCUGUGUUCUGGAUGUCGGCUGCCUUGAGUUCUCCUAUGGUGUGCUCGCUGCUUCUGCCUUGUAUCAUUUCUCUUCAUCUGAAUUGAUGCAAAGGGUUUCUGGGUACCAGUGGUGCGACAUAGAGAAAUGUGUCAAGUGGAUGGUCCCAUUUGCCAUGGUGAUAAGGGAGACGGGAAGUUCCAAACUGAAGCACUUCCGGGGCGUGCCUGCCGAAGACGCACACAACAUCCAGACCCACCUCAACAGCUUGGAUUUGCUGGACAAAGCCCAAGCAAAGAAAGCCAUAUUGUCUGAACAAAAUAGGAUUUCUCCUCCCCCCACGGGGGUCCUCACCCCCCCACAGAGCAGUAAGAAGCAGAGCAGUGGGCAGGGGACGGUGUGACCACAGCCGCAUCCUCCACCAAAGACAGUGGUGCGGAAGCGCCUGCGCCAAGCUCUCGCCUGUCUUCGAGCAUCAGCUUUUACAGAUAUUUACGUGGAAGGGCUUUUCUCUUCGGCAGCAGAAGCGUUUCCGUGGACGGCGUCGGACGGGGGAAGUGUUUUUAUUGAGUGCGUAGAUUUUUUAAUGAGUGGGUCAAGGACACCAGCCACCUCCAGAUCCCCAGCGGGUGCUCCAGAUGCUGCUAUGGAGGCUGAUGCUUGACUCGAUUGACCGUUCACACAAACAGCAAAGGCUUGAAGUUGAGGAGGCCAUGGUGCUGGUGGGUGCUGGUGGUUGGGUGUUCUGGGUUGUGUCGUUUUAAGUGGAGCAGGUGGCUGUGACGUCAUGAUGCGGAGCCCGCGAUCAGCUGUGCUGGUGCCUGCCCUUUCACACUAUCAGUUGACUACGUACAACGCCUUUUAUGAACUAUUGUUUGUAAGUGCUGCUACGUCUAUCCGUUUUUUAAUAAAGAUAACACUGUCUUUGAGACAGCUGGUUUUA